AGUUUUUCCGGGUUUGGCUAAAGCGCUAGUCAGGAAGAUGCGAGAGGACAUCAGAAAAUUAACAAAACCAUAGCUUCCAUAUUUACACUACAUACAAACCUUUAAACACUACUUUACUAGGGGGACUCACGGUGGCUUCAUUUAAGUCAACAAACCCCAGAAACUUAUAUAUUUUUUACAUUAUUAUGACAUAUUGCUGGCUGAAAGGCUACAUCAUCAGUAAACACCACGGUGGCUAUCCUGCUGCUAACUGGGUUACCCACGAAGCUAAUAAACACAAUAAAUCAUCAUCCAGGUCCAGCCCUUCAGUCACAUGGCUGUGUGGCACACAUACUCGAGAGAGUAUCGUCUACAACUUAUCCAUUCACCUAACCGUGAGAAAAAAGCCCUGAUCAGGUACAUUUCGGACCGCACCACAGCUGCUAGCUGGUUAGCUGCCAGCUAGGCCACACACAGGACAUACAAGCUAACCUGGCGAGGCAGAACCCAGACACGAACCACACGAGAUCCGAAUCAGACCAGCACUCCUCACCACGACGUCCAAGUCACAUCAAAUCGUUUUUAAGACGUACACAUGCGCUCAAGAUACUCACUGUGUGAAGUAAGGUCGUGUGAUCACUGGGUUUCGGCUCCUAAACAGUUAAAUAUGACACAUUUGAUUGAUCCGGAGGGGGGUUCACUUUGUUGCUUUUGUCUGCUGGCUGCUAGCAGUUCACGUUCGGCCGGACUAGCUCCACACAGCGUUGGACGGAAGGAACAUGUUUUAAUGAUGUCACUGGUCGCAGCAGGGUCUUCAGGUCUUCAGUAGGGCAAAGAGCAACACGGAGUGGCAUGAUGAAGAAGAAAGCUCGGCAGCACCGGGUCGCGGUGCCGCAGAGGCCCCCUUCUCCCAUCAAACCUUCCCCCAACAAACAGAUCUUGACUUACGCCCAGGCACAGCGGAUGGUGGAGUUCGAUAUAGACGGCCGCGUUCAUCGAGUCAGCGUUUAUGACAAGCUGGACGUGAUCUCGGAUGACGACCCCAUGGUGCAGGAGAUGAUGGAGUGCACCAGCAAUAAGGAGAACGCUGAGAAACCGCAGCAGGUGCUCCUGAGGUCAGUCAGACUAAAAAACAACCAGGAGAAGAGAAACGCUGCACUGGGCAUCACCAGUCAAGGAGAGGGUGUAGGACCUCAAGCUGGUGCUAUUGCAGGUCCUAAGCUUCCAGAGCCUAAAUUUCGUACAGUAGAAUAUAACCUCCCUGCAGUUCCUAAGCGUCAGGGCCCAUUUUAUAAAUACACAGAGAAGACGGAGGAAGAGCUGGAUGAAGAAACAGAGUAUGACAUGGAUGAGGAAGACUAUGCCUGGCUGGAUUUGGUCAAUGAAAAGCGGAAAAGUGAAGGAGUCAGUCAGGUCUCUUAUAAUGUUUUUGAGUUUCUCAUUGACCGCUUUGAGAAAGAGUUACACCUGGAGAGUCUCGAUCAGUGCAGCGAAAAGCACGUCACAGUGGAUGAAGACGCUGUCUGUUGUAUCUGCAUGGACGGAGAGUGUCACAACAGCAACGCGAUCCUGUUUUGUGAUAUGUGUAACGUGGCCGUGCACCAAGAAUGUUACGGUGUGCCCUACAUUCCUGAGGGCCAGUGGCUCUGCAGACACUGCCUCCAGUCACCCAACCAGCCUGCAGACUGCAUACUUUGUCCUAAUGAAGGAGGAGCGGUGAAAAAGACAGACGAUGACCGCUGGGGUCACGUCGUGUGCGCCCUCUGGGUUCCCGAGGUUGGCUUCUCAAACACCACCUUCAUUGAACCCAUCGACGGCGUCAGCCACAUUCCACCUGCUCGCUGGAAGCUCACUUGCUACCUCUGCAAAGAAAAAAACGUUGGGGCAUGCAUCCAGUGCCACAAAGCAAACUGUUACACCGCCUUUCACGUUAGCUGUGCCCAAAAGGCCGGCCUCUUUAUGAAGAUGGAGCCGAUCAAAGAGGUGACGGACUCGGGAGAUCCCACUUUCUCUGUGAAAAAGACUGCCUACUGUGGAGCUCACAUGCCGAACGGGUGUGUGAGGAGGCCUCUCACCAUCUAUGACGGUGCCAAGGUCAAAAACGGACUGUGCAAAAGAGGGGGAGGCACUGGGAAAGGACAGUCGAAAGGAAAGCAGAAGAAGAAAAGUAAGAGUAAGAAGCCGGAGCCGGAGCCUGAAAGUGAAGAUGUAACUCCUGUUACUGUGCCUACUUUUCCUACUCACAGGUUGCAGACCAUUCUGAACCAGGUGUCAGUCCAGAAGAAGAAAGCUUUCGUGGAGCUGGUCUUAAAUUACUGGUCACUAAAGAGGCAGUCCAGGAAUGGAGUCCCCCUCAUUAGACGCCUUCAGACAAGCCUGCAGUCCCAGAAGAAUGCGCAAGCGGUUUGUUUAUCUAAGCAGAAUGAGGAGGAGAGUAGAGCACUGAAGGACCAGUUGAAGGAAUGGCAUCGUCUCAGACACGACCUGGAGAGAGCACGACUGCUGCUGGAGCUAAUCCGCAAGAGGGAGAAACUAAAGAGAGAGGAGAUCAAACAGCAGGAAACCCUCCUCGAGAUGCAGUUGACUCCUUUCAGUAUUUUGCUACGAGCCCUCUUGGACCAGAUCCAGUUGAAGGACCAGGCCAGGAUCUUCACCCAGCCGGUUGAUAACAGUGAGGUGCCUGACUAUCAUGACCAUAUCAAGCACCCAAUGGACUUCUCCACCAUGCGACAGCGUAUCGACGCACAGGGCUACAACAACUUGGAGCAGUUUGAAAGCGACUUCAACCUCAUCGUCGAUAACUGCAUGAAAUAUAAUUCAAAAGACACUUAUUUCUACCGGGCUGCUGUUCGCCUCAGAGACCAGGGCGGAGCUCUGCUUCGAAAGGCUCGAAAAGACGUGGAGCGAAUCGGCUUUGACUCGGAAAGCGGCAUGCAUCUGACGGAAGCUCCUGAGAUGAAAGCAACACCAACGUUUUCUUGGGAGGACGUGGACCGCCUACUAGUGCCAGCCAAUCGGGAGCAUCUAUCUGUCGACAAGCAGCUGCAGCAGCUCCUGGAAAAGUUUGACCUGACCUGCUCCAUGAAGUCCAGCCCGUCCCGCAGCAAGCGCCUAAAGCUGCUCAAGAAGACCAUCAACGACGUGCGCAAUGAAAUGAGCCUGAAAAGAGUCCAUCCCUCCUCCCACCAUCACCACCACCACCAUCACCAUCACCAUCACCGUUCGUCUUCUUCAGCUGCAUCCAUGUCAGCAUUGUCUUCAUCAGCUGCCCCUCACCCAGAGCCAAGUAAACCCAAAGAGGAGAGGCUGAGGACCAAUGGACAUUUUCCAGACGAUGAGGCAGACAAGUCUCUUCCUCCCAAACUGGAGCUGUCAGACUCCAUCCCUCCCCUCAUCCAUUCAGACACAGACCCCGAGCCCCCCACCCUCAAACCCAUCGACGCCGCCCCAGACUGUGAAGACAAGACUCACAGCAAGCGCCUCAAAUUUGACAGAGAACUACCAGACCUCCUCUCCUCCACUCCCCGCCUCAACGGCUUCUCCCAUGACAGCCCUCGGGACUCCCUGUCUGACGGCGACGUUAGUGUGGUGGCCACGUCGACUCUCGCUGAGCCCGCUGGCACGGUCAACCGCCGGACCGCCGUGCUGUUCCGAAAAUCAAAAACUGGCAGUUCUCACAAACCCGCGAGGGGUGAAGAAGACGGAGCCAACAACGACGACGACGAAGGGGUCGGGGGGAGAGAGGGCAAGCUGGAAGAGGAUGAAGACGGCGCGCAGCUGGGGUCCAAAUCCUUCCUGUCGGUGGUGAUACCGCGGUUGGAGACGCUUCUUCACAGCAAGAAGAGGAAGCGCAGCGGCAGCAGGGACAGCGAGGAAGAGGGAGGAGAGGGAGAGCGUGAAGAGGAGGGAGAGUCCCCCGUGAAAAGACUUGACACUGGCCUGUCGAGUGAUUUUCUGGAGAUGGAAGAGGAGAAGGAACUAGAACACUCCAGUAGAGUGAGCAGGCCGGUGGAGCCUCGAAGACGCUGUGCUUCUGAGUCCUCCAUCUCAUCAUGUAGCAGUCUACAAGGAAGCACCAGCACUAUUCUCAGUCUUCCUAAAUGUGGGAAGGGGAAACCCGCCUUGGUCCGGAGAAACACUGUGGAUGAUAAGAGCGAGUUAAUCGCUUGUAUCGAAACUGGGAAUUUUGCAAAAGCUGCAAGGAUUGCUGCAGAGGUUGGCAACAGCAAUAUUUGGAUGCCCGCUAGUGCUGCAACAGUUGCAUUGGAACCGCUAAAGCUAGUUUGGGCCAAAUGUAGUGGAUACCCUUCCUACCCUGCUUUGAUCAUCGACCCCCACAUGCCGCGCAUGGGCUGCCAGCACAAUGGGGUGUCCAUCCCCAUGCCCCCCAUGGACGUGCUCCGCAUCGGAGAGCAGAUGCAGUACAAAGCCGAAGAGAAACUCUACCUCGUCCUCUUCUUCGACAACAAGCGCAGCUGGCAGUGGCUCCCUCGAUCCAAGAUGGUCCCCCUGGGAAUGGACAAAACCAUAGACAAAAUCAAAAUGAUGGAAGGACGCACCUCCAGCAUCCGCAAGGCAGUCCAGAUCGCCUUCAGCCGGGCCAUGAACCACCUGAGCAUUGUGCAGGACGAGCCAGUCAGCGACCUCAGCGACGUGGACUAAUGCUGACUCUCUUUCUUCACACACAAACACACACACAUACACACUUGUACCUCUCCUCUACCAAAUACAUUCCUCCCCCUGCUCUCUCUCUCUCUCUUUCUCUCUCUCUCUCUCUCUCUCUGUCUCUGUCUCUCUCUCUCUCUCUUGUCUGCGCAGGAGACUCAAAUGUUUACUGGACACCUGCUGUAACAGGUGGUGUCUCUUCCUCAUCCAUUCCUACUCGCACACACUCCUACCUUGUGCCGAUGGGAAACGGCUGCUGCUGAAAUGAAUGUGUCGAAACCAUUUCCGGGCUUGUAACUGUGUGUAAAGACUUCUCCCUCACUCCAACAAUCAUGCUGUUCAUUUUCCUUCAUCAUUUCAGAGCUCUCUCUUUUUUUUUUUUUAAGAGUUUGGUAAUCUUACCAAAAUGCUUAUAACUUGGCCCUUGUUCUGUCAGGUAGGCAAUCAUCUUUUCUAUGUUACGUUCUCAAAAGGAGCAUUUAGUAGCUGAAAUGGACAAAAUCAUUUACAAGGCUUUGAAGCUCUCACCAAAGCCUGUGUCACAUUUUCAUAUAAGUUCUCUACAUUCACAAAACACACAAACACAACCCCUCCUUUGUAUUUAAAGUGUAAAUACAUCUGUAUAUUUGCCUGACACUAACUUAUUUUGUAGUUCUGACGUAAAUGGGUACUGUACAGCAGUUUUUUUUAGUAUUUAUACUUGAUACAUUUUUGGCACUGAAGACUGAGUGCUGUAUGAUCAAGAAGGAUUUAAAAAAGCCUUCGUAUUAAGACGAUUAGGGCUAAAGUAUCACGUUUCUGAAAAAAGGUGAACAAAAUUCCCUUUGAAUUUUUUAAGUUAUUGAAGUUUAUAAUCGUAAGCUUCCAUUUGGCAUUAAUCCGUUUUGUAUUAAAAAAAAGUGUUUCUGGUAUAUUUUUGUUCAUAUAUAUAUUUAUAUGGUUUGAAUACACGAUAACACAGUAUGUAAGUCUCUGGAGCUCAUACAGUUUGUGGACACGGAACAUUUAAUGUUCUCAAGAAACCAAAAAGUUGCUACCCAGAAGUUUUCUCCUGAUUUCCUGCGUGACGUGUGAAAUUGUUGCCAAAAAAAGACAAAAAGUAAAGUGUAUUUUUAUGUGAAACAUUUGACUGUUACUUGGUUUUGCUGUAGUAAUAGGGAGAUGUGCCUGCGUUAACUUAUUGUAAAAUACCUGCAUUACUUUAUAUACAUAAGAAAAGAACUGCAAACUGAUUGUGGUUGAUUGGCACAUCUUGUGGUGGAUACUUGCCUUCUUUUUAAGUAACCUUUUCUAACUUUUUUUGUAGUAUUAGACUUCAAGACAUUUCAUUUUAUACUAUGCCUAUUUUUUCUGGGUAGGAUUGGGUAGUUUUGGUAUAUUUCUUUUGUACUUAACUGUAGUAGUUUUUUUAAUCAGGUCAUACAAAAUAUUGCUGGGACUGUUUUUGUAGUAAAUCAAAAAUAAAAGAUGCAAAUAUGA